AUGGGAGAACGGCUCAAAGAGGCGAACGCCAUCAACAAGUCCCUCUCCCACCUCGGGUGUGUCCCUCUCUCCCACCUCGGACUGGUGAUGCUGAAGCUAGAGGAGGCGGCGGGGAAGAAGAGGCCUCCUGGCCAUGAUUCCCUGGGCGGAAAUUCAAAAACCACCAUGAUCGCAUGCAUCUCCCUGGCUGCAGGGUCGCACGACGAGUCGCUCAGCACCCUCAGAUUUGUACAAAGGGCAAAGCUGGUGUGGAACAAUGCGGUUGUGAAUGAGGCUGCAAAGGGCCAGCAGGAAGACCAGCAGGAGAAGAUUGACAGGCUCCAGACUGAGCUUCACCGCAUGCGUGAGCUCUGCACCCGUGGAGCCCAUCUGCUUCUGGGAGAGGGGUUGGCGACAGUGGAGGAGGGGGGAGGGGAGGAGGAGCAGCAAGAGGGCAGUGGGUUGGAUGCUGUGGAGAAGGGUGAAAAAAUCUGCAGCAGGCAAGAAGGAUUCAACGAGUUUUUGCGGCCUUUCUUGCCCUCCCUGCCCUCCCUCCCCUUACCUUCCGUCCCUGCCCUCCCUCCCCUCCCUUCCCUCCCUCCCCUUACCUUCCCUCCCUGCCCUCCCUCCCCUACCUUCCCUCCCUUCCAUCCCUCCCCUCCGUCCCCCUUUCCUCCCCCCUUUUACCUUCCCUCCCUUCUCUCCCUCCCCUCCCUUACCUCCCUGCCCUUCCCUUUCCUCCUUGCCCACCAGGAAACCAGCAUGAACAGGAAUCUUGAGGCGGCGUUUUCCUGUGCCAACGGGCUUGACACUCCCCUUUCCACAAGGGGCAAGGCUGCAGCAAGGAGGGGGGAAGCAGGAGGAGCUGAGGUGGCAGGCAAGGUAGCUGACGUGGUGGCAGCACGAGAGGAGAGAAUGAGGGAGGGAAAGGAGGUAAAGAGGGCGGUGGAGGAGAGGGAUGAGCUUGCAAGGAAGGUGGAGGAAUUGGAGGAGAGGGUUUGA